AUGUCCUCCGCCUUCAUCAAGACCAAGUUGAAGGCUUCGCGGGAGGCCAUAGGAAAGAAGGAUUGGCAAGCCGCCCAAGAUGCCAGUCUUCAGGUUCUCGAGUAUGAACCGGACAAUUACCAUGCGAAAAUGUUUCUCGGAAAGUCGUUGGAAGAGCUUGGAGAGGUGGCUAGGAGCGAGCAAACAUACCGCGAAGCAAUCAAAGCAAAUCCGAAACAACCACUAGCCUGGCAGGGCUUGUCAAAGCUUUACGAGAAAUCUGAAAGAUGGGAUGAAUAUGCGGAGACGCUGAUGAGUCUCACAAAAUUGUUAGCGAGCAUGAACGACGCCACGAAAUGUGCAGAGGCUGUACAGCGAUUGAUUGAGCUUCGUCGUGAACGAGGCUCACCACAGCAGCUCGUCGAUACCCUAACAGUCCUCCUCCCCUCAUCCCCCCUCUACUCAACAUUAUCGAACCUUCCACCACCGGAUGCCACCAAUCCUACUGCAACCACGACUUUCGCCACCCAGAGCGCUAUACAAAACUCUCUGCCCAUCAUCGAUGAAAUAGUCGCAAUCACCGAGAAGGAGGAGGCACAGAAGAUUGAGAAAGAGGUAGCAGGACGAAGAACGAGAUUGGGAGCCGCGGGGCCAGAAAAGAUCAGAAAGGAAGUAACUAGGGAGGUGUUAGGGACUUCGAAGCUCCCCGAAUACUACGACGAGAUCCUCAAUCACCCAAACACACCUGACUCACUGCGCCGAGAUACGGAGUCCAAGCUGCUCCGACAGAAACAGCAACUCCUUUUCGCUCUGCCUUCGGCUGUUUCUGCCAAGAAAAGACUGGCCAAGGAGGUCGAAGAGUUGGCGGAAGGGAUGGUCUUGUUGAAGAUUCCGGAUGAGCUAGCCUGGAGUUUAGUCGUCGAGGGGAGGGACUCUGAGACGAUCGAGGGCUACGACUUCGGGACGCUGAAGGAGUACAUACGUCUCUUUCCUACCUCCCAACUGACGAAUAUGAUCCGUGGCUAUAUCGCGUACAUGGACCUACCUACUCUCGACCCGGACCCCAAAGACAAAGACAUCGACGAAGAGAUUGAGCUUGCCGUCAUUGAAGAUCAAUCAGCUGCGUUCGAUUUGAUGCUAGCGACUUUCACGGGCCUUCAAUCAUCCAUCCUCGCUCACCGCAUGCUAUCGGAAGUUUAUCUUUGGGAUAUGGACUACCCGAAUGCGAUCUCAGUUGCCGAGGUCGGCUUAGAGCUCGUUCGUAGACAGCAUCAAAAUGUCGGGAAAGACCUUCCUCUCGUUCGCAAAGCCUUCAAUAUUGUCCUUUCCACCUCUCUAGUUCACUUCUUCCCGCCAAAACACCAUGCACGCGCCCUCCGUGUAAUCGACGAAGUCCUCGACCUUGACUCAUCCAAUGUCCCUACCCUCAUGUCGCGCGGCUACAUCUAUGAAUAUGCGAACCAAUGGGAGCAGGCACGCGAUGUCUUCUUUAAGGUCAUGGAGCUCACUGCUUCUGAGGGUGGGGAUGACGGGGAUGAUAUCAGCGAGGAUGGUCUGAGAGCAAGGGAAGAGUAUGCGUGGUGUGAUGUGCAGCUAGACGAGCUGGAGAAGGGGGCUGAGGGUUUACAAGCCGUUAUGGAGAUGAUUGGAGAUGAUGUGGAGGGGAGAGAAGAGAACAAGGCUAGGUGUCUGUGGAGGCUAGGGAAGGCACAUUGGGAGAUGGGUGGCUCGAAUCGCGAAACCGCUUACACCUACUUCAUAAAGUCCCUGAAAUGUCAUCCCACCUAUGCGCCAUCUUUCACUUCUCUUGGUAUCUACUACUCCGAAGCUUCCAAUCCUCUUGACCCAAUUCGCGCGUCAAAGUGUUUCCAGAAGGCAUUUGAGUUGGACGCGAGAGAGGCGGAAGCAGCGAGGAGACUGGCAGAGGGUUUUGCGGAGGAGAGGGAGUGGGAUUUAGUCGAAGUGGUGGCGAGGAGAGUCAUCGAAGGCGAGGGCGGUUUGGAGGGAGGAGAUCCAAGUUCGAGCUCAGGUGCAGCGGCGGAAGGUGCAGCUGCAGCGAGAUAUCUGCCCACAAAUGCAUGGGCUUGGAAAGCCGUUGGUGUGGUAGAAUUGAGUCGUCAAAACUAUGGGCCAGCUAUUACCUCAUUCCAAGUCGCCCUUCGAGCAAACCCAGAGGACCAACUCUCCUGGCUACGUCUCGGUGAAGCAUACCUCAAAGCCGGCCGUCACGUCGCGGCCCUCAAGGCCCUCGAGCGAUCUCAGUCACUCUCGCCACCAUCUUCAACAGACGACUGGAUAACGACCUACUUCAUCGGUGACACAUAUCGCCAAAUGUCCCAGUUCGACCUCGCCACGUCUUCAUUCCUCAGCAUACUCAAGUCUCGCCCUGAUGAACCGGGCGUGCUCAUUUCAUUGGCGCAAACGUAUAUCGGACUAGGCUUGGAGGAGAAAGCAGGCGGGUUUUUGAGCAGGGCAGAAGCCAGUUUUCGGAGUGCUGUGGAAGUUGGCCUCAGGUUCCUCGGUGAUGGCGAAGGAGCCGGCGCCAGUGGGGUCAAGAGUUUGGGAUGGAAAGUCCUAGGCAACGCGUUGUUCUAUCUAUCAAGGUUUUCGGAGUUUGGAGAGGACGAGGUAUUGAGGCCGCUAUUGGAAGAGGUGUCGACUCUGGUUGGUGGUACGGACACGGGCGGAAGGUUGGAGGGGAUCGUCGACCUUCCGUUGCAGAUUCCAGGCGAGGAAGAAUCGCUCAAGGGCAUCAAUACUCUGAUGGCGGCAAUUCUGGCGUACAAUCAUCGCAUUGCGCUUGGGUUACUAAAUUCGACGGCGGUGGGAAGUGCGUGGUAUGAUUUGGGCUCGGCCUUAAGGUCGUUCGCAACGGAGGUGAUCGUGGAGGAGAAGAAGGAGAAAGCAGAGAGACAGACAACGGCUUGCUUGAUGGAGGCUAUCAAGGCGAACCCGAUCGACGAGACGUAUUGGAUCGCAUUGGGUAAUAUCCAUUUUGUGAAGCAACCAAAGACCGCUCAGCAUGCGUAUAUCAAAGCGUUGGAGAUCAACAACAAGAAUCCUGAGAUAUGGACCAAUCUUGGGCUGUUGUACAUGCAAUACGACGAUCUGGAGCUCGCCAACGAAGCGCUGUACAAAGCUCAGACUCUUGAUCCCGAUUUCACGAUGGCAUGGGUCGGACAGGGGCUGUUGGCCUCUAGAAAUGGCCAUCAUGCUACUUCGACGUCAUUAUUCGAGCAUGCAGUCAGUUUAACUUCAGGAGUUGUAUGUAUCUCUCUUUUCUGCCCCCUUCGCACCACCCUUUCUCAGUCACUAAUCUCUGACUUUUCGUUCAUGCAGCCUGAAGCAGACAUCGAAUUCGCCAAACGAGAAUUUUCACGCGCCUCGUCAUCUACCCCUUCCGAGCUCUUCCCAGCGUUCUUCAUCCUCUCUCGCUAUUGCAAACAACGUCCCUCCGAUGCCUCGGCUCUUCACCUCUAUGCUCUCGUUUGCGAACGACUGGGUCAUCUCUCUCGUGCCGUCGAACUCCUUGGUCAAACCAUCUCGAUACUAGAGGCGGCAUACGAGGAGAGUGAGGAUCCGGUUAUCGAGAGGAGAUUUGUUGUUGCUCAUGUGAAUUUAGCGAGGGCCAGGCUCGCGGUGGGUGAUUGGGAAGGCGCGAUGGAGGGAUAUCUGACUGCAUUCGGAUUGUUACCUGAGCCCGAGCCCGAAGUUGAAGGGGUGGAACAGAAUGGGCAUGAGGAUGGGCAAACCGCAGUGUUGAGGACGCAAUGUCAGUUUGGGUCCGGUAUGGCUUCAUAUAAGAUGGACCAAUUCCAAGAGGCUCUGGAGUUCUUAGAGGGCGCGCUUGCCUCUGCGGGUGGAGAUAUAAGGAUGAGGGGACAUGUUGUGGUGAUGUUGUCACAGGUGUUGUGGUCAUUGGGUACGGAAGAGGGAAGGGAGAGCGCGAAGGCGCAGCUGCUAGAAUGGUAUGCCCCCCAUUUCAACUUUCAGUCGCGGUAG